AUGCAGGGAGUGAAGUGUUAGGAUGAAGCGUAUACGUUACGAGCAAAUCCACUCCUCUGUGCAUCAAUAUCUUAAGAGAAGACAGUAUUCUGACCAUGAAGUUCUUGAGAAGAAGGAGCACAGAUGGGUACAUGAUGUAAAGGACAUGGCUCUCAAGAGUUCAGCUUCAGGGGAGACAACAACUGAAAAUAUUUUGUUGUAUAGCAGCAUUUCAGGGGACACAACUGUUUGUGAACAACAAUUUUCAAGAUUGAAGACAUACCUAAGUGAGGCUGUUGACCCUUACAAGAAUGAGCUGACCUACAUACUAUACCCACUGUUUGUACAUAUCUACCUACAUCUUUUGUACAAUGGACACAAGGCACCAGCUCACAAGUUCUACAGUCGCCAUGUGAAGUUAUUUGAAAGUGCUGAAGAAUUGGUAGUGAUGGAAGCUCUACACAAAUUGUAUACUCGUACUGAAGUGAUCAGCUGUAAGGAAGCCAUGGAGUUUAGAGAACACAAGUUUAAAGUUUGUCUAUCACAAGAGGCCUUGGACUACCUGAUGAAAUACCUCAAGGUUGACGACAACAUGAUGUUAUUACAAAUUUUCAAUCAACAUUUAAAAGUUGAAGUAUCAAAAGAAGACCAGCGUACACUUGACCUUAAAGAGAAUUCGAAUGACAAGCAUGAGUCAGGUGGUAACGAGAGAAAACGGCCUACAGAUAUAGUGAGAUUACUUCAACAAUGCAUAAAACAAGUGCGUGAAGGACCACCUUGUAUGUCCUCCAUAUGUUUCUACACUUUUCUCAAUGCCUAUCAAGGGCUGUGUACAGUUGACAUAUCACCAGACAGGACACUUUUAAGUGCUGGGUUUGAGGAUUCAUCUGUGAAAUUGUGGAGCAUUACACCUGGCCUUAUACAGUCCUACAAAACACCAACAGAUCCCUCCAAGCUGUACUUGUCUGCUGACUUCUGGACUUCAGAGUCAUCAUGUGAUGACGACGAGGACGGAGAUCGAGAAGACAGCAAUGAGGACAUGAAGCCCCAGUACCGUGAGGUGGCAACACUGAGAGCUCACAAUGGUUCUGUAUACAAGACUUGCUUCAGUGCUGAUUCCAAAGCUUUACUCUCAUGUUCAGAAGAUGGAUCAGUACGUCUCUGGGACCUGAAAACUCACACCAACAAAGUCUGUUACAGAGGUCACAAUUACCCUGUGUGGGACAUUGACACCAGUUCAAUUGGAAAUUACUUUGCGUCAGCAUCAAAGGACAAUACUGCCAAAUUAUGGGUCACUGACCGCACUUAUCCAUUGAGGUCAUUCAUCGGUCAUUCCUAUGAUGUGGAUUGUGUCAAGUUCCAUCCCAACUGUAACUACUUAGCAACGGGCUCCAGUGACCGGACUGUCCGAUUGUGGAGUCUCCAGGAUGGGAAGUCUGUCCGACUGAUGCAGGGACACCGUAGCUCUGUACUUGCCCUGGCAUUCUCACCCAAUGGACAGUACCUGGCCUCUGCAGGUGAUGAUCGUAGGAUUCGGGUGUGGGACCUCACCUCUGGAAACAUUUACAAGGAAUUAAAAGGACACAUAGACACAAUACACUGUCUAAGCUUCAACAGAGAUAGUACCCUGCUGGCUUCAGGUGGCCUCGACUGUUGUAUAAAGAUCUGGGACAUACGAAAAGGUGUUAGUUUGAGUAACAACAUCAACAACAACAACAGCAAUAACAACAACCCAUCUGAUGGCAGCAUUUCUCCAGAACAAUUAGGAUCAUUUCCAACAAAGUCAGCAAUAGUGACAUAUUUACAGUUUGCACAACAUAAUCUUCUAUAUGCUGCUGGCAGCAUUUGAGAAGUGACAACAUAAAUAUUUUCAAGAUGUUACAUUGUGGUUUGAAUAACAAACUCAGCACAAUAAAUUCUGCCAAAACAUUUUGUACUACCAGAAGAUGCCAUUUAAUUGCAAUCUCAAGGGACUGUUAUAUAAAUAUAUGGCCCCACAUUAAAGUAUUAACAAGGAAGAAUUGUUAGUGAGAUUUUCUUAACCUUUUUUAUUGCAUUAUGAUUGUGUUAAGUUUGAUUAAGUGAGUGAAUGAGUAAGUAAGUCAGUCGGUAAGUCAUUGAAAUGGGACAGAGAGAGCAAGUGGAUGUAUCAUAGUGUAUUUCUUAGAUUCAUGAAUGGAUUCACAAAUGUGAUAGUACAGUAUACAAGAUACAAAACUGGCAUACUAAAUUGUUACUUAUUUUUGAAAAUAUGAAUUUUGACAUUCUGCAUCAGCUGUCAUGUUUAUUUAUCCCCAAAUAGAAUGAAAUGAGGGAAACUCUGGAAGAUUAGAAUGAAAUUUUCAUGAAUUUAAAACUUUUAGACAGGAUUUAAUUGGAUAUAUCAUCAAUCAAAGAGUAUGUUUUCAAAGGGGCUAAAAGGUUAGAUCUCAUAAUUUUUUCCCCAUGCGUUUGAUAUGUAAUACAUAAAAUUAGACUCUUCACAAAUUUAUAACACUCACUGACAGAAGAAUAAAGGUCAGCUUCUAACUAACACUGGUCUACCCUCACUGUUUUGAGCAGAGAUUGCCGAGUUCAUCAAGUGACCUUUCUGAGCCUCGUUUGAAUAAAACGGUUAUGCAAACUUUAAAAUAUUAUAAUUAACGGAAAGUAUACAAUUUUCAACAGAUAUUUAAAUGUUAUAAUGCUUUUUAUCAGUUAUGAAAUGAAUAUCUAACCAUUUAGUCCCUUGAAGAAAAUUGUUUACCAUAAUCUUAAACUGUGUGAUAUUCUUAUUUAAUCCUAUUUCUGAAAAGUGAAAAUGAUUUACAAUUUACAUACAGGAAGAGCGAGGAUGCAUUAAUAGAUCAAUUUAACAGUCAGUACUGGGUAGCUAUGCAGUAAAAUUUAUGAAAUGAAAUCAGAUUAUUUUAACAGAAUGUCACUAACAUUGUGUAUACCUUUUGUAUUUUCAUGUUAUCAAUAAAUACAAAAAUGAAA